AUGAAGCUCUCUCUUGCUCUCCUCUUGACAUUUGGCUUUGCUGCCACUUCCACAUUUGCAACACCCAACGUUGAAGCUGCAAAUGCUGCCAGCGUUCAAUCCAAGGACAAGGCUGCUGCUGACAAGGCUGUUUCUUAUACCGCAGCUGACGAUGUUGAUAAGCAUGGUGGUCGUCAUGGUGGUUGGGGCCAUCAUCACGGUGGUGGAUGGGAUCAUGGUAAAGGAGGUCAUCAUCAUGGCGGAUGGAAUCACGGCAAAGGAGGUCAUCACCAUGGAGGAAAAGGCCAUGACGAUGAUGAUGACGACGACGACUGGCAUCAUGGUGGAAAGGGUCAUGAUGACGAUGACGACGACCAUCAUGGCGGUGGUUGGGGCCAUCAUCAUGAUCGCCGAGACGUUGACCAAGAACAACAUCACCCACCACCUCACCAUCCCCCUCCUCAUCACCCACCACCCCAUCAUCCACCACCUCACCAUCCUCCUCCUCAUCAUCCACCACCUCACCAUCCUCCUCCUCAUCAUCCACCACCUCAUCACCCUCCUCCCCACCAUCCACCACCUCAUCAUCCACCACCCCACCAUCCUCCUGCUCAGUAA